CCCGCUGUGGUGUUAAUGAUAGGGGUAGACCUUGGACCGCUCUCCCGGUUGUCAGGGGAACAGCAUGGGUUGCUGGCCACCAGAAACAUAAAAGAGCAGCAGCGAGUGGGAAAGGAGGUACUGCCGCCUGCCCCGCAGGCUGACCCUACUCCCAGCCACAGCCGAGCAUCCCUGCCUCAGCAAGCUCAGCCAAGCGGGAAGCCAGGCGGUGACGAACCCAUCUGCCGGCAUCCGGAGAAAGAGGAGCAGAAGAUAGCAAGUAUUUCUGGAGAUAACAUUUCCUGGAAUGCCAAGAUUUAGAUUUUUGUUUGGAUUUUGAUGGACGGAGCCCAAAUGCUAUCAGCUAAGCUAAACUUGGAAGAGAAUUUUCUUUGGUGGGCUGCAAGCUAGUAAAGAACUAAAAGUUAUCCACUCUUCAGUAGGUAAAGCCAAGUGAUAUAAUUCACUGAGUAAAAGGAGGAGACACUUAGCAGCUUGGCACCAGUACUAAUGAAGCCAAUAGCCUUCUCUGCUUUCUCCAUUUGGCUGGCUCUCAUUUUGGCUGGCUUCCUUGGCACACACAUCACUGGCAGUUUUGUGAGAAGUCAGAAGAACCAUACGCUAAUUUUCACCAAGGAAAACACAAUUCGCAACUGCAGCUGCUCGGCAGAUAUCCGUGAUUGUGAUUACUGCCUGGCAAACUUGAUGUGCAAUUGCAAAACGGUGCUGCCUUCUACCAUGGAAAAAACUACCUACAGCAGCCACCUGACCAUUUGGUUCACAGACACCUCUAUGCUGGAGAUGCUCCUCAAUUUCACAAGGGUGUGGGAUUUGAAGCUGUCCUUCUGUGGCACCACUCCUCUCCCGACAGAAUACUUGGCCAUUUGGGGACUUCGAAAGCUCCGGGUAAACAAGGUCAUGGGAGGAUUCCCAGAGCAGAGCGUAACCAUCUACAGCAGCAGCAACAACAAAAAAGAAGACUCGCUUGCAGUGCACAACAAAGACAGGCAACCGCUUGUACAUAUUUCUUUUCUGGAUACCUCGUUUUUCAAUGGAUAUUCUUUGCUAAAGUCAUACAGUGUGGAAAACAUCUCUAAUGUCACGGAGCACUUUCCCAGUCUGCUGUACUCUGAUGUUUUCUCAACCUCAGAUAAUGAGAGCUAUGUUGUAACAUUCAUUUACUGAGUUAUUUAACAUAUUCAGUAGUCAGAGGCAUGGCAAACUGCUAAAAGAGAGAUGGGACUUCUUUAAGUCUGGUUUGGCCAGGGGGAGCUGUUAUGGGAUGGACAGUCCUGACUGCAAUAGCACCCUACAAAGAGGUGUUUAAAGUAAGAGAAACUCAGCAGACUAAUUCAGUAAAUGCUUUCUUAAGGAAAAUGUGAAAUGACUGUUUUGGAAAGCAUCGGUACAAAUUUGUUUUAUGUAUUGUAAGCUAAGAAUUAAAAUCUGCAGGUAAAUUUUGUUUCAAGACUGUGCCUCAGAGAGAAAAAGACAUCUUUGUCUCUUGGCAUGUUGGAUGAGCCGACACCUGCAAUUUCCCCAAAUGCAGGGAACUUGACUUCAUCUUUUGUGAUAAUGGCAAGCUCUGCUCAUGUUCUCCCCUAUGAGAAAGGAGGAAGACCCCAUCCAACGACUCUCGUCUGAUAAGGGAGGUGAGGCUUCUGGCAGACCUGUAGCAAACAACUUUCAGAUGCAUUGUGGGCGAAAGAUUGCCAUCCCCUGAAAAACAGACAUCAGGACUAUUUACCUAGCCCAAAGUCUGCUCCUUGCCCGUGUCUGCAAGAUUUGUGUUCUAUAAGAUACGAUUAAGGCCGGGACCCACCCAUACAAUACAGUAAAGGCUUUGGAUAUAGCAAGUCCUAACAGUCUUGCAUUGCCAGCAAAGGAUUACAUGAAAAUGGGACAAAAUAUGUGAACUGAGGGGAAAGACUAUCAAGACUCUGAGGCACCAACAAAUUUGCCUCAACAACUUUAAAAAGUUUUUCUGUAACUGUAAUCAAUGAUGCAGCAGUUUUUCUGGUAAGCACAUGGGUGUUUGAAGGCUGGGGAUUUAACUUAAUUUAACUCAACCUGAGAACCAUUAAAUCAGCUGUUGUAAAGAUGUUGUUUCCUUUGUCAGCACCUUGGCAACAAACCGUAAGCCUUCUCCCCAAAUCACAAGCAUUUCUAGUGAUACCUCCCAUGAUUGCACGACAAGUUGCAAAACGGUUAGGAGCUGGAGCUGGGCUGACAGAGAUUGGCAGUGGUGGUGGUGUUCUGAGCACGUUACAUGUCUGGAAUGCAUUACAGAUACAGGGAGAUAAUUCAUACUGUCUGCCCAGGAAUCGCAUGCUCUAUCUGUGCAACCUUGCCUUCACAAACCGGCUAGUCACUAAUCCCACCCAGGUUAGCAUUGAAAAAAAAAGAGCUGGCACACACAAAUAAAUUGAUUUCUAAAUGUUACCAACCCUCUCUUCAAGAUCUGGGAAAAUCAAACAUAAAUGACCUUCAGUUAAUUCACUAAGGCUCUGCUGCCCUCUAGUAAAAACCGUGCUGAAUA